AUGGCAUUCUCCACUUUCCAGGACCACAGGGCCCAUGCCCUGGAGCAGCUGUUGACAGAGCUGGAUGACUUCCUCAAGAUUCUCGACCAGGAGAACCUGAGCAGCACAGCUGUGGUGAAGAAGAGCAGCCUGGCUGAGCUCCUCCGGCUUUACACCAAAAGCAGCAGUUCUGACGAGGAGUACAUUUAUAUGAACAAAGUGACCGUCAACAAGCAACAGAAUUUGGAGUCCCAAGACAAAGCAGCCGAGGAGCAGAACCCACUGACCAACGGGGAGCCUGGCCAGCACUCUUUGGCCCCUCAGAAGAGUCUUCCAGACCUCCCGCCGCCCAAGAUCAUUCCAGAACGGAAACAGCUCUCCAUCCCAAAGAUCGAGUCUCCAGAGGGUUACUAUGAAGAGGCUGAACCGUACGACACAUCCCUCAAUGAGGACGGAGAGGCUGUGAGCAGCUCCUACGAGUCCUACGAUGAAGAGGAAAACAGCAAGGGCAAGUCGGCCCCCUACCAGUGGCCCUCACCUGAGGCCAGCAUCGAGCUGAUGCGCGACGCCCGCAUCUGUGCCUUCCUGUGGCGUAAGAAGUGGCUGGGGCAGUGGGCCAAGCAGCUCUGCGUCAUCAAAGACACCAGGCUCCUGUGCUACAAAUCGUCCAAGGACCACAGCCCGCAGCUGGACGUGAACUUGCUGGGCAGCAGCGUCAUCCACAAGGAGAAGCAAGUGCGGAAGAAGGAGCACAAGCUGAAGAUCACGCCAAUGAACGCCGAUGUGAUCGUGCUAGGCCUGCAGAGCAGGGACCAAGCGGAGCAGUGGCUCAGGGUCAUCCAGGAGGUGAGUGGCCUGCCUUCAGAAGGAGCGUCCGAGGGAAAUCAGUACAGCCCAGAUGCCCAGCGCCUGAACUGUCAGAAACUAGAUGUAACGGAGAAGUACCUGUCAGCCUCGGAAUGUGGAAGCUCCGUAGAUGGCCACCCUGAGGUCCCAGAGGCCAAAGAUGUCAAGAAGAAAUCGUCCCCUGGCCUCAAACUGAGCAACCUAAUGAACCUGGGCAGGAAGAAAUCUACCUCGCUGGAGCCCCCGGACAGGUCCCUCGAGACGUCCAGUUACCUGAACGUGCUGGUGAACAGCCAGUGGAAGUCACGCUGGUGCUCCGUCAGGGACAGUCACCUGCAUUUCUACCAGGACCGGAACCGGAGCAAGGUGGCCCAGCAGCCCCUCAGCCUGGUGGGCUGUGAGGUGGUCCCAGACCCAAGCCCUGACCACCUGUACUCCUUCCGCAUCCUCCACCGCGGCGAGGAGCUGGCCAAGCUCGAGGCCAAGUCUUCUGAGGAAAUGGGCCACUGGCUAGGCCUCCUGCUCUCUGAGUCAGGCUCCAAGACAGACCCGGAAGAAUUCACCUACGACUACGUGGAUGCCGACAGGGUGUCCUGUAUCGUCAGUGCAGCCAAAACCUCUCUGCUACUGAUGCAGAGGAAGUUCUCGGAGCCGAACACUUACAUCGACGGCCUGCCCAGACAGGACCACCAGGAGAUGCUGUAUGACGACGUGGAGACAUCGGAGCUGAUGGCUGUGGUGGAAACUCCUGAGGAAGCUGCCCCUGUGACAGAGGCCCUGGGCGAGUCCCAGCCCGACCGAGUGUACCUGGACCUCACACCUGUCAAGUCCUUUCUGCACAGCUCCGGCGGUGCACAGGCUCGGGCCCAGUCCCCGUCACCAUCCCACCUGGACCCCCCAGCCGAGACUCUCCCUGUGGACCCGGGCCCUGCCCCAGAUGAGCCCCUGGCAGAGUCUCCAGAGAACCCCGAGUUGCAGCAGACGCCGCGGCAGGAGAGUCCAGAGCCCCAGGAGCCUUCCCCGAGAACCACAACAGUCAAAGUCCAGACUGAACAGCAGAAAAUCUCCUUCCCAUCGAGCUGCCCCGACACUGCGGCCGUCACCCCGGCUGGGGCCAGCCCACCUGUGAAGGACAGGUUGAGGGUGACCACAGCAGAGAUCAAACUUGGCAAGAAUAGGACAGAAGCCGAGGUAAAGCGGUACACAGAGGAGAAAGAGAGGCUGGAGAAGAAGAAGGAAGAAAUCCGGGGGCACCUGGCUCAACUCCGGAAAGAGAAACGGGAGCUCAGAGAGACCUUGUUAAAAUGCACAGACAAGGAAGUUCUGGCCAGCCUGGAGCAAAGGCUGAAGGAGAUCGAUGAGGAGUGCAGGGUGGAGGAGAGAAGGCGUGUGGACCUCGAGCUCAACAUCGUGGAGGUGAAGGACAACCUGAAGAAGGCGGAGGCCGGGCCCGUGACGCUGGGCACCACAGUGGACACCACCCACCUGGAGAACGUGAGCCCCCGGCCCAAAGCUGCCGCCCCCACCCCUGCCCCAGACUGUACGCCGGUCAACUCUGCAACAGCGCUCAAGAACAGGCCUCUUUCGGUCAUGGUCACAGGCAAAGGCACCGUCCUCCAGAAAGCGAAGGAAUGGGAGAAGAAAGGAACAAGUUAGGAAACAAGCUUCAUCUAAAGACUCUCCUGCCAUCACGGACCUUGGUGACAAUCCUGCUUCAUGAAAGUCUUCGUUAAAGCAGCAACUCUGUGAAAAGGUGAGUCUGCUCAGAAGCAAAAGGAAGGACUCUGGUACUCUGGGUGCAGAGCACAGGCAAAGCGGAGGCUCAGUCUGUUUUCAGAGCCAAAGGAAAUAAUACAACAAAGGGAAGGCUUCUCUGGAGACCUAAUUGCUACUGGAUGGAAACAAGACAUUGCUGUAUUUAGGGGUAUUGUGUGUUUCUUCUUUGAAGUUUUCAUCAACUGCUUUAUCAAGCUUUUUAAGUAGUGAAAAGCAUCUGAUGGUGGGACUUUGGUGGAAAAGAAAUCAAGGUAGCAGGACCCCGUUCUUCUGGUCGUGCGGCUUUGGUGAGCAAGAAGACCUCAACUCCUGACUGUCAUCUCUCAUCCACAUGUCAACUUCCCUCUAACAUUAGCAGGUCCGAAUCAGUCUUCCGUGGUUUCCACCUGUGUGAAGCCAUCCAGGACAUGCUUUUUGAGAAACAGUUAACAGGGGAGAAUAUUUGGGACCAAGCUGAGGUGCUGUCCCCAC